AUGGCACCCGAAUCCAGCGCCCCGGAGGAGGACCGCCCUGCCGCCAUACUCGCCGGUCUGGCAUUGGAAAACAUCCUGCCUGUCAGCAUGAGCAAACAAAGUAGAUCCAAAUCUCGGUCGCGACCCUCUACUACUGCGCACAUGGAGCGAUCAAUGUCGUCUAUGGAAGGUAGCUUCAUGUCGGACCACUGGGGUCCACAGUUGCAGACGCUUAACGGUACCAGCAAUGCAGCUGAUCGGGCCUCAAGCUCAAAGGAUGAAGACAAGUUAACCCCAAUCACCAACUGGGCCCAUUUGUCCUACAUCAAGAGCCAGCGCAACAACCUGCGUACCGAGCUCAAAGCUCAUCAAAUCGCCGGCGCAGAAGCAAAGCAAUCGAUCACCUCUCUGCGACGCAUGGCAUUCCGUAUGGCUGUUAACAUCUCAGUGAAGGAGAAGCAAAUCGCGACGAGUGCCCGGAACCUGGUUAGAAGUAGGAAGAGCCACUACCUCGAGGGGAAGGAUGCAGAAAAGAGGAUUGAGGAACUGAAGAGGUCCUUACGGAUUGAGGAGGGCAGGAACAAGGAUAUUUUGGAAGCUCUGGAGAGGGCUUCUAUGCUGACACUUCAAUACGUCAACCCCAAACCGUCGACCCAACAUCGCCGUCUCCCAAGCCCACUUUCGCCUCCUCCGUCACCGCCUACUCGGCUUGCAGGUCUACCCGAAAGCCCACUACAGCCGCCCAGGACACCGACGCGUCCAAGUUCUUCCGAAAGUCACGAUACAGAUUGGGAACUCGUUCCCGACCACCGCCCUGUCGCCAAUAUACGUACGUCUGAUAGUCGAUUGAUUCGAGCGAAGCGUGAAUCUGAUCAAGCUCUUGCCGCCUGCCGAAGUCGUAUCGCCGCGUUGCACGCAGAGUGUAUCAGGGGUAGAGAAGAUGGCCGACUAUUGGAAUCAGAAAGGGAUGACCUUGCUGAGGAAGUGCGCAACCACAAGGCCCAAAUCGUUAAGCUGGAACACUCGAGAGCUAGCGUAACGGCUACAAUGGAAGCUGCUCAACUACAGCUAGAAGCCUUGACUACAACCGAAGAGACAUUGAGACACAAGCUACAGGCGAAGAACAAGGAGAUUACGGAGCUCGAGCAGAGCAACGCGCAAAAGCUAAGCAUCAUCGAUGUGUUGGAGGGAGAGAAAGCGAUCUUGGAACAGCGCGUCGAUGAUUGCGAAGCCCGCCUACAGGAGCUUGAAGAGCACACUGCCACUCUGGAGUCGAGCUUGCGCGAGCUGCAACACAAACUUAAUGAGUCAGAUCAACGCGAGAGUAGUCUUCGCGAACAGCUUGCAACAAAGGACGCGAUGCACACGGACGCGCAAAAACGUCUUGACAGAGGAACCCAGUACGUCAGUCUCCUUGAGCGGAAGAUUGUUGGAUACGAAGCGACUCUUGCGGAUAAUGACAAGAAAAUCAAAGUUGGUGGCGACGUCAUCUCAGCUUUGCGCGAUCAAGUUAACGAGGCAACCAGUAACAGGAAGAAUUCAGAGGAGGCUUUGUCAAUCUUACGGUGCGAAAUUGUAUCAUUGCAGUCAGACAUCAACAAAGAGACACAGCAACGUAGUGCCCUGGCGAAGGAGCUGGAUGAAAUGCGAGGCACAAAGGCCAAGCUUACGGACGAUUUCCGCGCUUUGGACGAACAUUACCAAACAGAGAUCGAUGCCAAAAACAGAGUCCAGUCCGAGUUACAUGUGCUAUAUUCGUCCUACGAAAACCUGGAAACAGAUCUCGAGAACGCCCGUGAGCGUGUCGACCAACUCGAACAGAUUGAUGGCGAGACCCAAGCUAAGCUCCAAGCUUUGGGACAGAGUCUGCAUCAUGAAACGACCGCCAAAUCACAACUGCACUCGGAACUCCAGAAGUUACGAAAGGCGCACAGCAAUCUAGGAUCAAGUCUUCGGGUUUUCAAGGAAAAGAAUCGCUCACUCGAACGAAUCGAGUCUGAGAACCACGCGAAGCUGGAGAGUCUUCAAGAGUCGAAGGCGAAGAUCGAAGCCCAGUUGAAAUCUACGCAAGACUCAUCGUCACAACUAUCCGAGGAAGUGAAGAAAAACAGUGGUGCGCUUGCUGCCAUCGAGGCAGAGAAGAGCAGGCUUGAAGACAAGCUUUCCAAAUCAGAAAGUCGAGUACGUGCCCUCGAGGUUGAGCUGCACGAGGCUCGUAGCGCGAAGGCCGAGGUUGAAGCGCGACUGGGCGACGAUCUGCACACAAGCAACGAGCAACUCCGGGAGAUGGAAGCCUCGGUGGCGUCUCUAAAAGGGUCUCUGCAAGCGUCUGAGCAUCUCAAGAUUUCCCUACAAGAAGAGCUGCGACAAGCUCAGUCCUCCAAGGCCGAUAUUGAAAUGCGACUGAAACAAAUCAGGGGAUCGAGGGCGGACCUCCAAAGCAAAUACGACCAGACUAGGGCUCAACUGAGCGACGUGCAAAACGAAAGCCAGGAUCUGACGGCAAGAUUGCAGCAACUGGAGACGGACCUGAAUUCGAGCCAGGUCUCCAAAGCCGAGAUCGAGACCCAGCUGAGCGCUGCACAAGAAGAUGGCAAGGUGCUGAAGACACUUAUAUCAAAAUUCAAGAUUGCGCUCCAAGACAGUCGUAACGCAAAAGCAAAGGCCGACGAGAGUUUACGAAUCGUUCAGUCGGACGGCGAAGCUUCUGGUGCCAAAGUUGCUGACCUGCACAACCAGCUGGACGAGAGCUCACAUGCCAGAGAGGAAGCAGAGACCAAGCUGCGAGAUGCUGAGACAGUGAAUGCCGAUCUAGAACGCCAUCUUCAUUCAGCGCAGUCGAGGCUAGAAGAUGUCGAACAAAUAGUCAACGAGCGCCAGUCAGACUUGGCUACUCUACACGUAGACAUUGCACGGAUCCAGCAAGCUAAGGAAGAAUCAGAUCGGAAGCUUAAUUCCUUGCAAGUUUCUCAUGCCGAGCUUGCGAGCGAACUAGAGUCAGCUCAAUCUCAAUUAACAGCAGCUAAGGCCGAAGCAGAGUCCCUAAGUCACAAGCUGUCCACGACUGAAGAAGAACUGCUCGCUGUUCAUCGCAGCAAAGCUGAGGUUGAGAGCCAGCUCGAGCAAUCAACACAAACCAACACAGAUCUGGAAAGCCAACUAAGCGUCACUCGAGAACACAAGGCUGAAGUUGAAAGCCGGCUUCGCGCUUUGUCAGACUCCAACGCCGAGCUAGAGAAGAAACUCGUAGCAUCACGAUCACACGUGGAUGUACUCGAAACAGAAAAGACUGACGUUGCCUCAAAGUUGAUCGGCGCAGAGGAGGAACUUAUGAUUCUCCGCCAGGCCAAGACAGACGUUGAUGAACAGCUCGCUGCUACGUUGAGCUCCAAAGAUGAGCUCGAACAAGAUCUCUGUACAACUCGAUCACGCUUGAAGGAGCUUGGGGCAGAGAAAUCUGGACUGAGUCUCAAGUUGGACAGUGCAGAGAACGAAGUUCACAAUCUUCGAAACAUCAAGAUCGACGUUGACAAGGAGCUCUCUGAUGCGCUAGGCUCCAAAGUCAAACUUGAGAAAGAGCUCAAAGCCAUCCGAUCGCAACUGGAACAAAGCUCACUGGAGAGUUCAGACCUAACCUCGAAGUUAGCCGGUGUGCAACACGAGCGUACAACUCUGCAACAGGCGAAGACUGCCAUGGAAGAACGACUUUCAGCGAGAUUAGCCAGUGCAGAAGCUGGGACGGAAGCGCUCCGACAGGCCAGGCUCGACAGCGAAGAGAAGCUGGCUGCUGCCGUAGAAUCCAAGACCAAACUCGAGCAGGAAUUGACAGGCGUCCAGUCUAACUUGGAGGACAGCGUUUCAGAGAAGGCGAGUUUAACGUCAAAGCUAGCCAACGCAAAUGAAGCCCUUGAGGCGCUACAAAAGGGCAAGGAUGCUGUUGAGGAGCGGCUCCGCGACGCUCACCUAGAGCUCGAAAAUCUACGACGAGCGAACAAGGAUGUAAAUUCGGAACUCCUUGCAGCAGAAUCCAACAUGAGCAGUCUGCGAAAAGCCAAAGAUGCUGCUGAAGGAAAGCUUGAGGACGUCUAUAAGGACCUGGAGACCCUUCGACAACAGCAAAUUGAUACGGAGUGUGAGCUUAAUGACGCGACCCAGAAGCUAGCGAGAGCACAGCAUGCACACACUGAGGUCGAAGAGAAACUCGCUGCAGCACUAGCAGCCAGUGUGGCCUUGGAGAAGGAUCUCUCGACAAAACGAACCGAGAUUAACGAUGCUGAUUUUCGCAACGCCGAGCUGACAUCACAACUUUUUGCCAAGGACACAGAGCUCCUCGAAAACAGGAGAAGCCAGCACGAUGCAGAGCGCCGUUUUGAAAGCAUGGAAGCAUCCCGCACCGGCCUGGAGAAGCAGCUUAUUUCAACGCGCUCUCGUUUAGAUGACCUAAAAUCGCGACAUCAAUCCCUCCAGAGCAACCUUUUCAACACCGACGAAGAACUAGUUAGCAUCAGAAAUGCCAAAGUCCAGCUCGAAGCUAAACUCGAAAGCGUCAUGCGUGAGAGUGGCACAUCCGAGAAGAACCACGACACACUAGCUCUACGCCUCGGCACUUUGGAGGCAGACAAGGCGAACGUCGACGCUGACCUAGCGCAGAACAUAAAGGAACUUGAAUGUGUACAAACCGAAAGAGCCAGCCUGGAGCAGCAGCUCAAGGAUACGUCGGAACAUAUCCAAGAUCUUGAGGCUGAGCUCACUUCCGCGAACUCGCGACUUGACUCAGCUGCAGCUGAAACAGCUGACCUCAAUGCAAAACUCCACACUACCAACCAUGAGCUGUCCGCUUUGCGACAAGAGCAAGACAACACUGAGCAGCGUUACAAGGAAGCUUUGGCGCAGAGCGAAAGUCUUCGUGGCGAGUUGUCAUCUUCACAAUCAUGUGUAAGUGGGCUGGAAUCUCAGAAGGAGGACCUUGCAUUACACCUAUCCAGCGCUGGCAGAGAGCUUAGCCGUCAGCAAUCACGUGUAGCUGAGCUCGAAUCCGAGAAAGAGGAAUUGAUGCAUCGACUCUCGAGCGCGCAAGAGGAGCUGGAUCAACAGCGAAUUACUAGCACCAAGCUGGAGGACCAGUCCAGGAUUGCAUCGAAUCGCAAUACUGACCUCGAGCGGAACUUGCACGCUACCCAGAUGCGUCUCGACAUUGCGGUGUCGGAGGGCCUCGUGCAAGACGCUCGAGCACUUGAGGCAGAUGAAGAGUUCAAGAUCCUACGCGAGACAAAUGCUAAAUUGGAGGCGACCGAAAGUGACCUACUUCAUCGACUUGCCUCUGCUGAAGACGAGCUGAGUAGCGUGCGGGAAACAAACAAACGCCUCGAGGAGUUUUUGCACCGAGUUGAGUCUGAUAUGGUUAAUACGGAGGCUGCGUUCGAAGAGAGUGAGAAACGUCUUAAGAGUUUUGUACAGGAUUCAGAAGUCAAACUUGAAGAAUCGCGAAACUCGAAGCUGAAGUACAAGCGCAGGCUUUCGGAAAGAGAGCGCGAGAUUGAGAACUUGUCCAGCGAGAACUCCGAGCUACAUCGUCAGAUCGACGAUCGGACGGAGGAACUGACCACUCUCAACAAAGGCAAAGAGAAGAUGACGGAAGAGCUGCAGGGCAAAGAACAGUUCAUCGAAGAGCUCAAAUCGUCGAGCGACAAGCGUUGGAAAGAGAUGCACUCGGCGUACGACGAACUCAAAAGAGAACACGGUAGUCAGCUGCAGGAGCAGCUAGUUACGGACGAAUUGCACGAGCACGACACCAGCCAUUUGCGCACGGAAAUGCAGACCAAGGACGCUACGAUUGCAGAACUUCAACAGGGCAAGCAUGAAUUCGCGAUAUCGUUCGCAGUCCUAGAACAAGAAGUACGUGAGCUUCGAGAAGACAAGAAAGCAUUCGAAACACUUGUAGCUACUCUUCAGGAGAAGAUCCACCACCUUGAGGUCCUCGGGGAAUGGCAGAGCUCUCCGGAGACUAGUGCGCCCGCCACACCCUCGCGAACCAGAGACCACAUUGAGUGGAAGGUUCAAGGUCCUACAAGCCCCACGACGAAUCGUGACUUGAGCCCGAUACCCAGUAGCACCGGACAUAGUCUGCGCAGUCAGCCAAGCAGGGCAUCGACCCGUGCUAGCAUAGGCUCAAACCCUGAAGAUCUAGACGAGUGGACCAAGGAGGUAGAGCGCAUUCGCAUGCAGCGAGAUGAGCAAGUAGUCAAGCUGAAGGGUAUGCGCAAAGAGCGCGACAACCUUAAGAGGACUCUCAAGCAAAGCGAGCACCACUUGCAUGAGCUAGAAAAGCGGGGACGGUCACAACGACCCCGGCAGGUUCUUAGGAAGCGAUCUGGACGUCCUUCUCCAACUCAUUGGGCCACAGACGAUUACCCUCCUCCGCCGAAGACGCCUACUCGAACUCGCCCUUCUACUUCUGCCGGUACACCCAACACCCGACCGAGUCCGUUUUCGUUUGGCUCCGCAAGAAGCAGACACAGCAGCUACACUUAUUCGCCUCCCACGCCCUGGACGGACCGCCCAAGCACAGCAUCACCCAGGAAGGAGCCGAAACGCUGGACCAGCUUCUACCACGGAGAUACCAGACCCAACGUGGAUGCACUGGGUAUUGCAGAGGAGAGCGACAAAGAAGAGAGAGAGAAGUUAAGGCCGAGGAAACCAAUGACGAGUCGCAGCUUCAGGUCAAUAAGAAGUGCUGCAAAAGACCAGGAUAGACAAAAGCCAAAGCGAAGGUGGAGCUCUGGGCUUAGGAAGUUGUUUUUGGGUGAGCGGCCCGCGGUGCGCUAA